AUGGCCUCGAACUUGGAGCCAACCGGAGCAUCUUCCAGCUUGACAUCUCGCAGACCAGCCGCGAACAACUUGCCAAGCUUCGAACUCCCGGCACCUUUUGGUCAACAAUACGCACAGAAAUACACUCCCUUGCCCGCCAUUAAUGGUACGCAAUCUACACAGGCAUCGGUCAGCGUAGGCAACCUUUUGACGCCGCCAUCGACAGUCCCAGGUGACAACCUUAGUCCGAUAACUUCUGCCCUGAAUGGUCUCAAUAAUAGUAGCCAAGGUGGAAUGCCGCCGUACAACAGCUUUGCUUGGCCACCGCUUCCAACAGGUCUGACGCCUAUUGGAAUGGGAAGUGGGAACACGCCACAGCCAUGGACAAACCCAUUGAACCAAGCUCGGGGACUGUUUUCUCCUUCACUGUCGAGCACACUCGCUGCAUCUCUUGCGCGUGGCAACUCCAACUCGCCGUCUGCAACCGAGGGCUUGCCUCCUCCGCCAUUUGACAUGAAAUACGACAUGAGCCAGCUCCCGCCUCUACCUACAUCAAUAUCAAUGUCGGCGGCUACAAGUCUCCCAACCAUGCAGCAACAGGCUCAGGCAAUGGCGUACAUGAACCAGACCCAAACCCAAACCCAGACGCCCGUCUCAGCCACAACCCAGGCGUCACCUGUCCAUGGCACAGAUACAUAUAUGCAAAGACCAAACUCAACGCCUAUUUUCUACAGCCAGUCUCAACCGUCAUCAGCACAUCAAAGCACUUUUCCUCCGUUCCACACUAAUUCAUCGCCGGUCCAGCAGAGCCCAAUGAGCGCACCACCACAAGGGUCUCGAAUAUCGCCUGUCAACGCUCAAUCAGCAACCUUCUCUCCUCCCGCGUCACAGUCGAAUCCGUUCGGUGGCCGCUCCACUUAUGCUCCAUAUUCCCUCCCAGCGCCCAUGAGUGCCCCAGCGCACAUGAGCGGACCGAUUAUGUCGAACAUCCAUCACCCAAAUAAUCCAAUGGGCUUGGUCGGCAUACCAAGCCAUGGUCUUCCCGGGGGGAUGAUGGCUGGCUACAAUAGCGGCCACGCAGCACAUCUGCAGCAACAGAUGUAUGGGAAUCCGCAACCAACACCGCAUAAUGAGAGACCCUUCAAGUGCGAUCAGUGUCCCCAAAGUUUCAACCGGAACCAUGACCUGAAAAGGCAUAAGAGGAUACAUCUUGCGGUGAAACCCUUCCCAUGCGGGUACUGUGAGAAGAGCUUUUCGAGAAAAGAUGCUCUUAAGAGACACAUCCUUGUCAAAGGCUGCGGCAAGUCGACAUCCUCCUCGAGCACCAGGGACCGGGAAGACACACCGGAUCCUCAACCAAAGGACGAAUCAAGUGAUAACGAUGAAUCACCCGUUCUCCAUAAUAGUUCAGUGUAG